UUUUUUCCAAUGGUACAAUCAUUCCUAUUUAUUCCUUCAUCCCCUCUUUUUGUCUAUCUACGACUCUCACAACUCAAACUUCUGGUCAGAGUCGGACCAACUGGUCUCAUGAUUCAGCCCACAUGUUUGUCAAAACACUUUCUUUCUCGUUUUUUCUUUUCUUUUUGAAGUGUGGGGUGAUUGCAACUUGUUAUUAAUGUAAGAUGGACAUAUAUGAAUAACGACAAAACACUUUGACUAAGAGUUACUUCUGAAAAUGAACCCUUACCUGCCUACUAGAGAGUGCACUAAAACUAAUACCUCUACAACCUGCCAGAGAAACUUCAUCAAGAACAUUCUCUGACUACUCAGAGAGCAAAAACAAAACAGCCGCAGGCAAAUCUACCGUGAAUUUGAACAUGAAAUGCACCAGUACUGGUCGUAGUUGCAUGUUGUGCAGUACCAUGGAAGAAAAAGAUCCAUCGAUACGAAAAACAUUAAUAGUUCAAUGCUUCAAAGAUUUGCAUCUGAUAGAAGAUAUGGAACUUGUUCUCACCUUAAGAUGCCUCUGGAAUAGUGCUCUGGCUCAACCUGAUGACCCUGAAUUCCCGUCCCUUGGCGUCUUUAAUUCCAUGGCUAGACUUCUCAACAGGUGCACCCAUGACCAAAAAUGGCUUUCAAGAGGCCAUAACGUUUAUGUUCCUUAUUAUACAGCUCAUAUUAUUGGCUCUUACACCAUGAACAAAGCUAGAUUCUCUGUUUUGGCUGUUAAAUCAGGCGUAAUUUCACCGUUAAUAGACCUAUUACGAGGUAAGAUAACUUGGGUUGAGCAAAGAGUAGCUGUUAGAGCACUUGGUCACAUUGCGCGACAUAGAAGAACAUUUGAAGACAUUAAGGUCCAUGAAAUAGACGUUAUAAAGCUAGCCAUGGACACAGCUUCCAAAUGCAUUUAUACAAUCUAUACCGAGUUUGUGUGCAAGAAAAGUGAAAACAGAGUCGAAUAUCAUCGCUCUUUGAUGACAAAAGGUCUCGGAGAAUUCGAAAUGGAGAAUAGAAGAGCAGAGUCUUGGGCUUGCCAAAUGCAGUGCUGGUCUCUCUACCUUCUCAACUGCUUCAUUACAAAGAAAAGAAGCAUCAAUUUGAUAUGCAAAGAAGAGUUUCUCAAGAAUUUAUGCGAUAUAUGGGGUGGAUUACCGAACCAGAAUUCUUUCUCCGGCAUCGGCCUAAUCAGAAGUCUCUGUGACAGCGAAGAUGGUCGAAAAAACAUUGCUCAAUUAGAACAAGUCGUAGAAAAUAUCUGCAACCUCUCUAGAUCUUCCGAUGAAUGGCAAUUCAUGGCAAUUGAAAGUCUUUUGUUACUUCUAAAGGAUCCAAAAUCAAGAAACAGAGUAACAAACAUUGCAUCUCCUUUUCUUGCUGAUUUAGUAGAGCUUAGAACUAUCAAAGGAAGACGAAAAACGGGUGACAUGAUAACGCAACUACUCUUACAAGAUUAUGCUAAAAUCAAAUAUGGUCAACUGAGGUUCUACGAAAAAGGAUCACAAAGAGCAAUUGAAGAGAUUUGGGACUUGAAAGUGGAAAAAAGUAAAAGGGAUAAAAUCAUGUCCGAACAAGAGGCGAAAGAAACAGAGCUUUUGGUUUCCAUUUUAAAACGUGAAGGAAACAAGAAAUUUCGGUCAACUGAGAUUGAACAAGCUGUAUACAAGUAUACAAAGGCUUUAGAUUUGUGUCCAUUAAAAUUAAGGAAAGAAAGGAUUGUUCUUUAUAGUAAUAGAGGUCAAUGUCAUUUAAUUUUAGGUGAAGCAGAGUUAGCUAUUAGUGAUACAACUCGAGCCUUAUGCUUAUCAGGUGAAAUGAGGCCACAUAUAAAGAGCCUGUGGCGAAGAUCGCAGGCUUAUGACAUGAAAGGAUUGGCUAGACUAAGUUUAAUGGAUUGUUUGAUGUUCAUCAAUGAACGCAGCAAGUUGAAUGGAAACAGAAGCAAUGGAAGGAAAAUCCCAUACUAUGCGAUGCGCAUGUUGAACAAACAGAUGACAGCCACGUGGACUUUCGCGGGUGCUGCCAAGUCCAUUGACGAUGACAUUGAUGACAAUGGAACUCAAAAAUCCAGGGUCCAGCAGGGCGUUGCAGGUGGGAAAAUGAAAGGGAAGGUAGAAGAAGCACUACUAAAAAGCAUGCCGACCCAGGGGAAAGACAUGGACCAGCUGCUCUUGAAAAAGGAACGGCUUUGGAGAACAAGUCGGAGAAGCAGAGGUGUUCUUGAACCAUUACUGAAGCAUAUCAAAGGAAAGAAAAAUGUAAAAGUACAAGAAAAAUGUGAUAGCUCAUUACAAGUUGAGGAACUUUAAGAUUCAUAAACGGGUCUUUUUUCAUGUUGAGAAAGAUAUUCCUAUCUUUUGUUCAAAUGCAGAAAUAAAAAUAUUCUCCAUCUCGAUCGUUAGAUGUUCCACCUGUUCACCUUUCCAGUCAAUUUUUACCACCUGACAUACUCUGGCGUUUUUUAGAUAAGAUUUUGUCCAUUGUUUCC